AUGUCUUCCUCGAAUCCAUAUCCCGUCGAACCACCUGGAUUCUUUUUGGGAUCUUUGCUGGCUUGCGUGCUAUAUGGCGUCCAUGUCGCACAGGUCUACUCGUUCUUAGACAGCCUGAGCCGUCGUGCAUCGACAUAUCACCGGUACCUCGUCUGCUGGGUGCUCGCCCUGUCGACCGCGCACAUGCUGGUAGUAUGGUCGGCAUCUUAUCGGUACUUUGUAGUCGGGACGAGCGAUCUGAGCAUCUGGGGCGAGUUCUGGUGGGUACUCAGCGUACAGGACGGCCUGGUACCCCUCAUGGCUGCGACUGCUCAGUACUACUUUGGCCGUCGGGCUUGGAUACUAUCAGGGCGGAAACGGUGGAUCAUGAUAUUUACUGGAGUCAUGCCUACCAUCACGCUUGGUCUUGGUGCUGCUCUCGCUAUUACUGCUCGAGCAUGGUCUGUCGACCCUUGGAUCAGCCCCGCCGAGAUGGCAUCCCGACCGAUCGGCGUCCCCUCUCAAAUCGUCGCUAUCGCCUGGAUGGGCUGUUCUGCAUUCACAGACGGCCUCCUCUCCUCCAUCCUCAUCUACUACUUCUUUCAAGCCCGACGCGGAACAACCCGAUGGACCACCCGUCGAAUCGCCAAGCGUUUCAUCGCACUGACGCUCGAAACGGUCCUCCUCACGCACGUCGUCGGCGCCAUCAUGUGCAUCAUCUUCCUCGCGUCCCCCGCGGCGCAUCGGACCAAGAACAAUCUCUUCUGGGUCUUAUUGGAAAUCAUUACGGAGCUGUAUGCGCUUUCCAUCCUGUUUACGAUCAUUCAUCACGAGUCGGUCCGGGUGGCAUUGAAGGACGAGGUAUAUCCGGUGGUGCAGAUCGGAGGGAAUUGGACGGAGGGACAGGCGAGGGCGAUGCGCCAGACAGAGUUGGACUGGCGCGUCGAGGGGCAUCGGGCGAGCUCCUUUGUCGUGGAAGUCAGUGGGGAGCAGCAGGACUCGUCGCAGCCGUCCGGUGGAAUAGGGUCGUCGACGAUAGCGGGAGAUAGUCCGUGGACACCAGCAGAGCAGGUCGUCCUGGCUGAGGUUAGCUAUUUCGGCCGCAUGGAUGAGGCCUCGAGCGGGAGCGAGGACCGUAAGAAGUCAAAUGGUAGCCCUGGUUAA